AUGUUCUACUCGGACACGGCUACGGUGGAGAAGGCGCGCGACUUCUGGGAGCUGUUCGAGGACCACACUGACCGGUUGCCAGACAGAGAGCGACUGUUGGUUUUCCGACAGAAGCUGAAGGGACGUGAGGCCGAAAGAUGGUGGAGCAACUCCAGCAUCAAGUCGUUCGCGACGCUGAAGGUGCAUUUCCACAACCGGUUCCUCAGCAGGACGGCCGACGAGCUCUGGGAGAGACUGUACUCCACUAAGCGUGAACGCGGCGAGUCAGUGGAGGAAUGGGGAGACCGAGUCACAGACCUGUGCGACUCCCUCGACUAUCCGAACCCUCAGAUGCGGUAUCAGUUGUUCCGUCGUGGCCUGAAGAACAAGAGGAUGCUGGCUGCUCUAGAUUCAAGCCCGGCUCGAGAUAUUCCGGAGGCGUGCGAGUGGCUAAUGUUUAAGGACAUGCAUCGUCCUGUGGAGGAAGACGACGAAUUUCCUGACGAGUCGCGGGCGAGGACUGAUAGUAAUCGUGCCCGUCGAGGCAUCAAGAUGGCGGAGGAUGCCCACACGCAAGAAGGAGAACCUGUCUGUGGCCGAUGCGACUACAAGGGUCACACUCGCGUGACGUGUUCGCGCCAAACGAUGACUUGCCGACGGUGUAACCAGUACGGUCAUAUUGUGGCUGAGUGUGAGGUGCCUCACUCCUUCCUCUGGUCAAGUGGAUGA